AUGUCCAACGGAAGCCGUAUCAACAUUAAGACGCUCACCUCCCAGCAGAAGAGCUUUCUUCACGAGUGGAUAGCUAAAAACGAGUCGCCCAGUCGCAUCGCCAUCGAGUUCAACCAGCACUUCAACCCACCAUCACCUAUCAGCGACCGCCAAGUGACCGGCUGGAAAACGUAUCAUCAAAAGCAAUGGAACGAUGUAGAGUAUCGACGUACCAAGUAUGCAGCAUUGACAUCCCCCGAACCUCCCCACCAUGACCCUAUCUCCUUGGUUUCGAAUAGCGACCAAUCCAAAACUAACCCUCCUUUUCUUGACAGUGGCCUCCCACCUCUCGUCCAGUCGCGAGCCCCCCGGCAACAAGUACAACAACGGGAUCCUGUGUUUGGAAACGGCCAUCUCGCGUCUGCAAACGAACAUCCCGCGUUUGCAAACAACACCGCGGGCGGCUUGGGCGCGGGCCACAGUGCGUUUGUGUCCCAAGGAGCUUCGUCUGAAGGCGACGACCGGGCGCUCUCAGACGCCUACGCGCUCUCCUAUGCGCGGCCGGCGAGCGGACAGAUACCUGGAGCAGCACGCUCUCAGACGCUCCCGAGGGCCAGCAAGCGGCGCCGAGUGGGAGAUUAUCCUGCAUAUGACAGGCGUCAGGGAGGAGGCCAUAUAGGGCCGAUGGGGAGGAACAUGUCCUCCUCUACAGCGCCGCCAAAUGUCAUGAGACCUCGCCCGCCUUCAAGGCGGAGCACCAACCCCUUUUCUCCUCGUGCGCCGAUGGGCCAAUAUAUAAACCCGCCACCAAACUUCCAGGCUCCCGGCAUGCCUGCCAAGAAUGCUUUCGGCUCUCAGGCACUGGGCCAAACCGGCACGGGGUAUAUACCCGCAGGGAUCAUCUCGCCAGAGCAGAUAUCUCAGGGGCAAGCCGUCGCUUUUCCAGAAGAGCAAGAGGAGAUCAAGGCCACCAUGCCCUAUGAAGGCUCUAGAGGAAAAAAGCUCGUUCCACUUAAGAACUGGCACUUCUUCCUGCAAAACUUCUCUCCCCGCCUAGACGGAAUACCACAAGACAUGCAAAGGUAUCUGACAAGGAACUUGAUGUCGGAUCUCACAGUCUUUGGUCGAACUCCUGGGCAAGACUUUCAAGGAGACCUGGAGGUUUUUGUUUAUACCGCCGCAUGCACCCCUGUCGAAGCCAAAGGCGUAGACCGGGAUGGCAUCUGGUACAUCGCGGCCCAUGAUAAGUGCGGGAGAGGCUUUGUCCACCGGCAUAAAUGGAACGGAGAUAUCGAUUCCAAUGAAGCGGGAGCUAUAGACCAGUGGAAGAUGCGACAAAGCGGCUCAGACGUUGCCGAGACAUGCACUCAGAAUCUGGUCAGAGAGUGGCUCAGCUCGAUGAGAGACCAGGAUUUGCAGCCGUGCCCGAUGAUAGUCAAAUCGAACCGCGCCCAUCAGAGGGAUAGUCCCCCGAAACGAAAGCAGCCGCAGGAGCAGGAGGUAAACCCGAAUUCCGACAACAGGCGAGUUGAAGGGGCACCCCGGCAAGACAGACUUGCACAGCUGGUGCCAGCACCGAUCCCGUCUGACAAUUCCCACUCCCAGCCUCCACCACAUCUUCCAGCACAGCCAGCGGUAGAGGGAACCCAACAGUCAUACCAGCCACCUGCAGAUAUCUUCUUUGACCCACGCCAGGCUCCUCAAAACCACGUCCAGCUCCCAGUCCGAAGUUACCAACAGCAUGGCAAUCGGGACCUGCCGUAUCAAGCCCCUGGACCUGAUGUAAGAGCACAAGUCGAUGUUUUCGGAAGGAGAGAAAAAUAUCCCGUAUAUUCUGACCGCCGUGCUCUUCCUGAUGUAUCUCCUCCGCCUUGGCGAGAAAUUCCUCGCCAGCAAGAUCGGAUUCCACCGUACAACUGGCAAGGCGACCAACCUGGGGAGCAAGAGGCCAGUUUGGAAGCACCCCAGCAAGGCGCCGGUCCCAAUGACGAAUUUAAUUCCUCAGUCGAAGACUGGAUUCCGGAAACGGAUAUAAUUCGGGAAGGAGAGUCAGUGGAGGAGAUGCGGCAGAGACUGUCAUUCCUAGAUGGCACCACACCAAGUCCAAGCACCUCAGACCUAGGUGGCACCGAUCUGGAUCAGAGCAUCUCAGACCUAGGUGGCACCAAUCUGGGUCAAAGCAACUCAGACCCAGGCUGA